UUAUUCUUGCUGACUUCAUAACGGUGUUUCUUCCGGGAUCACCGUCAUCACUCCGCUACGGAGGUGUCCUUACUGGCAGCUAAUUGUUAAUCUGUAUUUAAACGGACCUAAUUUAAUACAAUUCACGACUGGAGUAGUAUUACACAUCUGAAAUAUGAAGGGUAUGAAACCGCACCUCAUUCUGUUGCUGCUCUUCGCGUCUUUGCUUUGUGCAGAGACGGCCAGAAGCCGGAAAGAUUCCACCAACCAGAAUAGUUUCAGAAGGGCGGCUAACGGAUUCUACCAAAUGUUAAGCAAUAUUUUUGGAGAGGACAACAUCAGAGGUCUUUACAAGUUCUUCUCCAAGACGACGGAACGCUUUGUCCAUGGCGUCGACUCUUUCCUGGACACUGUUUGGAAGAUGUGGACAGAUCUGUUGGAUGUGAUGGGCAUUGAUGCCUCCAACCUGAGCCACUACUUCAGCCCAACGUCUUUGACAAACUCCCCGGCUCGUGCCCUGCUCCUAGUGGCUGCUGUGUUGGUGGCUUACUGGUUCCUCUCCCUGUUUCUGGGGGGAUUCUUCUACCUGCUGCACAUCGUAUUUGGUCGCUUCUUCUGGCUGGCCCGAGUUACACUCUUUGCCCUCUCUUGCCUGUAUAUCUUGCAGAAGUUUGAGGGGGACCCCGAGCGUGCUGUGCUCCCUCUCUGCUUCGUAAUGGCUGUGUACUUCAUGACGGGGCCUGUGGGGGCGUACUGGCGUAGAGGUGGGGGUACUGCCUCUCUGGAGGAGAAGAUCAAUCACCUGGACACCCAGAUCCGCUUGCUCAACAUCCGGCUGAGCAGGGUCAUCGACAGCCUGGAGCGCGCCGGGGAGAAGUAGAGCUGACCCCACACACCCACCGCUGACCGGCUGUAUCCAUAGGGUGGCUGGAGGUUUGGGUGUAUAAGGGCAGGAAAAUCUAAGCAGAUCGAGGCUUUCUGUUAUGAGAAAGAGCUUGUUUUUUAGUGUUUUUUUAAUUUGUAUUUUUAUCCUGACUUGUUGAUAUUUUGUUAUAUUGUUUAACAACUGCUGAUGGUUGCUCUUUUUGGAAAUUGUGUUCAAUGAAAAAAUGGGAUGGAUGUUUGUUUUGGGUAUGUGAUGGUGUCAUAGCGGGACCAGACACAACUGUAAGUAUUUCAUCCCAGUUAGCUCAGUAGUUAGUAGACCAAUGGCAGUUUUACUUAUUGCAUUUUUUCCGUCCUGACACUGAGAUGUAUAGUCAAAAAUAAUGUCACCAUUCCAUUGUAGCAGUAGGUCAUUCCUGGCGUAUUUCAGGACCUCUCUUUCUAUAUAAUGGACAUACUGUGUGUGUGUGUGUGUGUGUGUGUGUGUGUGUGUGUGUGUGUGUGUGUGUGUGUGUGUGUGUGUGUGUGUGUGUGCGUUUCAUGCAUGUGAAUCAUUGGGAAAGCACUGGAAAAAAGUUAAGACUGGCGAAACCUGGGCAGGCACGAAAAUCUCAGGGAGACAUUUUUAAAAAAGAAUAUCAAGAACAAUAAUGUGAAUAUACCCCACAUCAAUAUCAACUUAACCCUUUACACUCAUGGGAAUUGGCCUAUAUGGAAUAGGGCUAAAUUGGUAGCAAUUGAAAGGGAACAGUUUGGAGAUUAGGGGAAAAUGAUUAAGACAAGUUGAGGACACAAUAGUUCACAAGACUGAAUCCAAACAUUACACUGUUGAUUGUAUGUGCAUUUUACAUUGUCUGUACUUUUCACCCCAUUUGUUGAUAACGAAAUCUGAAAAUACUCUGGAUACAUUCAGUAACAUGAUGAGAAUAUUCCUGGAUUUAAAAAAAAUAGGUCUUUUGAUCAGGGAAACGGAUCAUAUUUUUGGUGCACAUAGAAAAGAGUCAUGAGUGUAUUCAGGUGUGUGUUCUUCAGCGACAUUUUUCUUCACAAUAGACAAACAGGCUCAUUUUGUUCAAAACAACCCAAGGUAUGACGCCAUGUCAUCUUGUAACUAUACAUCAAACAAAGUGAUCAUAAACGGUGACACUGUAUCUAUUAGUUUUAUGAUAUGGAAAUGUGAAGUGCACAUUUGGACUAACAGGUGUUUGGCUUGUAUCACAUCAGUGGUAUUUAUUCUGAUCCUCAAUGUCUCAUCUUUGAAAAUACAUAGAGUCCUCUUAAUUUACAGCAUUUCCCUCAGACAACAGAAAAAGCAGAAGUUGCCAAAUUAGUGGGAGGGAUGGUGACCACUUCUUGUCGCUUGAGGUGCUCAAGUUCAGAACGUCUGUCAGUCAAAACCCAUUCAGAGCUGUGAAGCGCAGAGCCUGAGCUAUGAUGUCAUAUAUAACAUGUUACUGUAAGGUCACUAAGCUAUGAUGUCAUUUAUAGCACGUUACUCUACAGUCACUGAGCUAUGAUGUCAUUUAUAACAUGUUACUCUACAGUCACUGAGCUAUGAUGUCAUUUAUAGCAUGUUACUCUAUAGUCACUGAGCUAUGAUGUCAUUUAUAGCAUGUUACUGUAUAGACACAGCUAUGAUGUCAUUUAUAGCAUGUUACUGUAGUCACUGAGCUAUGAUGUCAUCUGUAUCAUGUUACUGUACAGUCACUGAGCUAUGAUGUCAUUUAUAGCAUAUUACUCUACAGCCACUGCGUUCCAAUUUAGGCGUUUAUCAGUGCCCAAAUCUGUCAUUUUAAACCCGUAUUAUAGGUGCGAGUGUAAAGGCCUACUAUGUUACAGUGACACUGAUUUUGUUGCACAGCCGUGUUUGAAUCGUGGCCAGCCAUCUGCAGAAGGAUGGAAGGUCUACCUUUAUACUCGGGCUCAUCAUCCACAUUGAGAUAAGGGUGUUAAUGGUAGAAAAUACCAUAAUAAAGUAUAGUUAUAAUGGAAGCGUAUUAGUAGUUCCCAUAAAAACAUAAUUCUAUUUGCCGUGUGACAAGUCCUCCCUGUUUCAGUGGAUGGCACAUUAUGCAUGCCUAGACUAUAUCUGUACUUGUUGUGAAUUUGAUGCACUUUUUGGUCAUUCCUGCUUUGCAUCAUUGUACAUCGCAAAGUGUACGUUUUUAUAGGGUCAUAGUGUGUAAUUUCUUAAAAGGGAAUUUUAUCAUUUAUCUCUAUAAUCUGUGCUACAUUUGAUUGUGUUUUCAUUAGAAUAUAUAUAGUCCCAUAGAAGUCCAUUUUGUUGGGCGGGUGUUCAGUAAGUGGUUUGGUUUAGUUGGUGCCAGUUCAAAUGUUGUCAUUGGCUACCAUACCAUCUCUCCAGCCCCACCCCUCCAGAAGUGAACUUGUCUACACAAAUGUAGUUUUGAUUAUGUACUGUAUAGCGUAUGUGCUAUUCUAUAGCAAAAUGUUACAAUGUUGUAUUUGUUAAGUCAGUAUUUUAACAUUGUAAACGUUGGAAAUAUUUAAGAAUUUAAUGAGUAUUAAAUGUGUAUUGAUUUGUAAAA